AUGAAAGGAUUGGAAUUGAAUCCCGUCAGUGGUUUGAUGGUCUUGGAACACGAUCGGGCCGGACUACGACUGGCAUGGGUAGCAGCCAGUCUGUGGGGCGCAAUCGCCUUACUCCCAAAGGAAAACUUUGUACCGCACCUGAAAGCCACGAAAGCUCUUAUUGUAGAUUGGGGGGCUCCCCCCAAAGUGUUCAAAAUAGACCCAUAUAGAGAAGCAAUAUAUGCGGUUAUUAGCGAAGAAGAUGCGAACAAUGCGCGAACCCUAAUCAUAAGCAUGGUUGAACGGGAAACGCUAACAAACUUAACAACAAGAGGCAUGGAAAACAUUUUCCGAUCAUUCGGCAUGAUGGUGCAUUAA